AUGGAUUUUUCAAGUGACGGAGCCGCAGAAUCAAAUCUAUACGAUUUUAAUGAUUCUCCCUUCACCAGGGAAUUCAAAAAAUCAAGCUAUCCAUCUUCUAAGGACCCAUUUAUGUUUAACUUAUUAUUUCAGGAUACUAAUGCAAGUGUAGAAGGCUUGCCAUCAAGUUUUAAUGAUAAAUCAAGACCUCAUAGGCCUUGCGACUACUGCAGAAGAAGGAAAGUGAAAUGUGUAUUCGAAAAUAAUAAAAGCAUAUGUGUCAGAUGCAACACCAGAGACAUGGCUUGCACCUUCAACGACCCACCACGUCUGACGACUGACCUAACAAAAGGUCGCAGUAAUUCCCAUUCAAGAAAGAAACUGUUGGAUGAACCUUCUAAUAAUACUGUCUCAGUUGCGCGAUCCCCAGAGAGCUUAUACAAGGAAUCAAAGUUAAACGUUACACCAACAUCAAAUUUAAUUCUAAGAGAAGGUCUUCCCCUUGAUGACUAUUCAAAGGUUCUGAACUCAUUGUUACUAAAAACUCUUUCCUUGCAUUAUCUGAAAUCGAGCUAUUACGCCGGUUCCAGCUCCUUCUUAUUUGAUAAAACUGUACUCAAGCUGAUUAUCGAAUACCGCGAACCCUCAACUAAUUUGAAAGCCACAGACGAUCAUGAACAUUUUGACCAAGUUAAUUUUGGAAAAGCUUUGGAUCUAAGAAAAGCAUCCCCUAGAGAUUAUUUUUUGUUAAUAAAAGACCACCAAAAUCCAUCAAUGAAUUCAAAGAGAUUUGAAGACAUAGAUUACGUUGAGAAAACUGUAUUUCCUAAUGGGUUAGCCCUUAUAAAUUUAUAUUUUCGCAUUAUUCAUCCAUCAUAUCCAAUUCUCCAUAAGAAAGUGUUUUUGGAAAAAUACUCGAGGACUCAUCGAGAAUUCAGUACUCCCUUAUUGGCGGCAGUUUAUUUUUUAGCAAUUCAAUGGUGGGACUAUGAUCCCAACCUACAGAAGCAGUCAAAGCCUGAUUGUCAUCGUAUCUUGGAAAUAGGAAUGAACUCAUAUGUGAACGAUAUUGUUAAAAACCCUAAGCUAAGUGCUGUUGCUGCCGGUCUAUUGUUGCUACAAUGUACGUCUUUUCAAACUCAUUACAAAAAUGACCGUUCAGACAUGGGAGCAUCUGAAACUGGGGGAGCAUCAUAUCAUAGCUGGAAUAUACUCUCUCAGAUAGUGGCAAUAUCUGACGAGCUUGGUUUGGGUCUCGAUUGUGAUGAAUGGGACCUACCAGCAUGGGAAAAGGGUCUUCGUAAGAGGAUGGCAUGGGGAGUCUACAUGGCUGAUAAAUGGUUGGCUGUAGUAUCUGGUCGACCGGCGCGUAUCAAUGAGUCGAACUGGAUAGCGAGACCCUUGAAUGACGAGGAUUUUCCAGAAAGACGAGGUGAUGGAGACAAAGAAGAAGGCUCAUCUGAUAUUGACAUAGGAAAAUUAGUUUUUCAGAAAAUGAUAGAGUUGUCUGUGAUUUUAUCAGAAAUAUUGGAAAGAAUGUACUCAUAUAAAGCAGUAAGAUAUGCCAAAGACACUGAACAAAUCUUGAACCUUGCAAAGCCUUUGCAGCUUAGGUUGAAUUGCUGGUACCAGUCACUAUGUGAAGAGCUUCUAAUUACAGAUGUGCAACUGCGUAAGCUUUGCCCAAAUGGGUCCUUGCAUUUGGCAUACUUCGCCGGAGAGCUUUCUUUGCACCGACAGAUCAUUACCACCAUAUAUGAAGAAGAUAAUAAAGAUAGUACAUUGUCAGAAGAGAUCAUUGAAGUAUGCCGCUCGGCUGCGCGCUCCCGUCUUGUUGCAUCGAUAGAUUUUGUUAAGAGCUUGAAAGCGGAACAUUUACAAGCUUUCUGGUAUUCUACUAGUUCUGCAGAAUUCUGUCUCAUUGGUACCUUUGCUACUCUACUUUUUGUGACCUCACGCUCAGUGGAAGAAGAACAGUUUUAUAAGGACCAAAUAUUUAACUACAGAUGGAUCCUCAAGAUAACAUCAAAAGGGUUUGAGCAGACAGGAAAUGCUCUCGAAAUGUUAGAUACGGUUUUAAGCCGUAUGAAAGGAAUCUUUGAAAAUGAUAAUUAG